CCGCAACUUUCUUCUACCCGAAGAAAAUUGUUUUACCAAUUAAACUACUCUGAUCACAAUAAAAUGUUAAAUGUUAAAUUAGUCGAAUUUCGUAGAACUUUACACACAUUUUCGACUUUACAUGACCGAUAUAAUUUUAAUCAAAAUUUCGAAUAUCAUUAUCCAGCGGAGGCAAAUGGCAAUUAGAUUGGUGAUUGCAUGUGGAAUUUCUUUUUGCGGAAAGAUAGCAUAUAUAGGGACGUUACAAACAAACAAAAAACAUCUCAUUUUUUUCGAUUAGGCUUUAGUACAAAACACCUGUGCAAUUAGCAGUUUCGUUGUGUAAAAAGGAUUAGUUCAACAUCUAUUUUGUUUUACUUACCAGAGAUAUCAAAUACUCUAGUAGUACGUUAUGACACGUUAAUAUAUCAAUACGGCAAUAGAUAAGUUUCACUUUAGAUAACGCUACGUUAAGGAAAAAUUGAAAAAUGUACAUUAAAGUGAAUGUGUUACUUUUUCCUAUCGUGCUACUACGAGAAUUGCUGAGCGGGAUGCGUGUGUUGUGCUGAGAAUCAAAUUUCAUAAUUAUUGCCCAGGGUUUUAUGAAACGCACAUUACUAGACCAGCCGUGCAGUGUAAAUUCAGAUAUGUGCCAUGAUAGACGUGGCUUUACGGCACGAGUAAUUGAUGCGGUGGUGGAACUGUGCUUGAAAUGUUAUGAAUUAGCACAAGUAAACAAUCGACACGUUAAAUUAUAUGUUCGCGUAGUUUUUGAAUAGUCUCAACAUGAGGAUCGAUUUCGGGUACACCAUUAGUACAGGAAGCUGACUAGAGUAAGCGAAAAAAAUCCAUAAAAAUAGUUGGAGCUGAUAAAUUUCGGUGCAGACAAAAGUGUUCUUGGAGACAAGCCAAUAUCGAUCGCUCUUGAAAAGCCUUACGGGAGUGUUGCAGAGUUGGUGCGGAUUUGUUUAAAGUAUCGGCAACAUGGUUUCACUGUCCGAGGAGUCUAGUGGUACACAGCGAAAAACAAAAUUUUUACCUCAGUUGGCACGCCGGCUAGGAAUUGGUAAAAAUAAAACUACGAUUAAAAGUACACCUGAAUCUGAAGAGGAAGUUUGCCUGAGGAAGAAAAUUGUAUCGUUCGAUUGCAAUAAUGUAGAUUGUAACAACUGUGAUGGUUUGGGUGCAAUGAAUCAUGAUCGACCAUCCAGUUUGCCGAUGAUUGUAAAAAAUAAUGAUGUAGUUAGGAUGGAUGGUAGGACAGAAAAAUCAAUAAGUUUUGGUUAUGAAUCGAAUGUCCGGUUAACGUCGAUACUAAAGCUUGGAAAUCAGGUAAAUGGAAUUGAUAAUAACGAACGGGAAGCAACGGUUAAAGUUAAAUCAAACGGUCGGAUGUUAGAAGAGUUUAGUUCUGGUAAUGAGUCUUCUUCAUCGCCAUUCAAACGAGGAUCUUCAUUUCGCCAAAGUCUCAAUUAUCUUUUUAAACGAAAUAAGUACAAAAUAAAGGAUCGAUCUUGUACUAGUGAUAGUGAUUCCAAUGUAGUUCUUGAACUAGACGAAGAUAACGUUGGCUCCACACCCAGUGAACCGUUGUUAGAUGCCUUUCUACCUGAUAAAGUGCCUAGUAAACGUGCCAGUACUGGAGAUAUUUUCGAUGAUAUUGUGAUUCAACUAAACGACGACUUUGGUGUGAAAAAUAGGAAUAAACACCAUCGUCGAAUGUAUUCGGACUCACUGUAUAUUGGAAAUGGCAACUUGUCAAAGAUAGACGGGUGCUGUGACAGAUCUACAAGUAGCGUAGGUUCGGGACUUCGGACGCUUCCUAUUUCGUCAACCAUCGAACCACUGACUUCCAAUGUUCAUAGCCAAAGUAACAGUCAACUAUCACGAAGUCCGAGCCACAACACAUCCGUGAAAAGUGAUCAAAAAUCUCUAAAAUCCUUAACGUCUUCUCCACUAACGAUAUCGUCAAACAUAAGAAGCUCCAGCCCUUAUCCACUAAAAUCGGCCACAAAGAAUGAUGGCCCUGAAAAGCCCGAGAAAGAGAAAAAGAAAAAAGAGUUCAAUAGCUCGCGACAGAAAAAAUUCUCACGCCAUUUCACUCAAGUGGAAGAUGAAAAAGUUAUAAAUUAUUUUUCCUGUGCUCUAGUAAGUGACAUUUUAUUGCAAGGUCACCUUUACAUUACGCAGAAUUAUUUUGCAUUUUAUUCCAAUGUUUUCGGAUACGUAACCAAACUUCUAAUACCUACUGUUUCCGUGGUCAAAAUUUCUAAAGAGAAGACAGCAAAAAUGUUUCCAAAUGCGGUUGGUGUGCAGACCUGUGACGAUCGACAUGUGUUUGGAAGUUUUAUGAGCCGCGAAGCUGCCUACCGGCUGAUGUGCAGCGUGUGGCGUCCUGUCGCUCCACCGGAAAUAGAAGAACCAAUCGCACAGAAGGUGCCCGAUGUCGAGGUGUCCGAAGGCUCGAUAGAGGAUGACAGUAGCUGCUCAAUUAGUGGUAAUGAAAGUUCUUCCCACAUAAAAGAUAAAAAGUCUGACGUAGUCGAUUCGGGAGACUCUAUAAAUGAUAAGCUCACAGUAAUAGAUGGCACUAAACGAUCCUCAGACGUCACGAAAAGUAUUAAAUCAGUUCAAAUAAUAAAAUCACCGGUUGCAUUAAUAGCAUCUGCAGCAGUUCUGAAGACAGCGGGAAGUGUGAUUAAAGAAACCUCCCGUAUUAGUGAUACCCCCUCUCAAAGUAGUACUAGUUGUAAUGGCAACCAUAGCAUGCUAACGAGAAUUAGGACUAGGCUACAGCAAAUCUUUCCCUCCGAUUUUGGUGUUAUACACGUAGGAAUAAUUUUAGCAAUAGUUCUAGCACUAUUCUCCUGUUUUCUCAUGUACAAAAUACACUAUCUGCAGUCUCGCAUCUAUAACUUAAGCAAUUUUCGUUGGGGAGAUGAUGAUAAUAUGGAUGUGUAUGCAGAAGUGUUGAAAUGGCAAAAACAAAUGCAGGAUAAAAGCAAGCAAGAGGCUCAUAUAGUUCUUAACUCUAAUUUAGAACAAAUUGCAAAGGUUCGUAAAAGUUUAGAAACUUUGUCAAUUCUUUUACACGAUUCCACGAAGCGAUACGGUGUCGCGGCAGGUGACUCAGAAUCUAACAGCACGCCACUGGCAACAGACAGUUCAGUUCUAGAAACUACAUCUGAAUACGGAACGUAGCGAGUAUCCAGUUUCGGUAAGCUUUUGGUUUUGGUAGACAUUAGCCUUCCUUGUUGUAUUUAUAACUUAUUGUCGUGAUAUUCGUGAUAGAUUAUUUUAAGUAUUUAUUAGUGAAGAUGCAUUUAAACAGAGCAUUAUAAUACAACAUACAACCAAGAAACAUACGCUGGCUCGGUAUAUAAUAACGACAGGAAAAAGUUAACAGGCAUGUAAAAGACAGACGAUAGAUAAAAUAUCAUGCAAAGGGUAGUUAGUUAUUAUUUCUUUUGGAAUCUACUCUUUUGUUGAACAAAUUUUGGUAAUUUGUUCUGUUUCACCGAACAUAAUCAUGAUUUUCCUGUACGAUACUCUGAAGUAACAAAAGGAAUAUAAUAAAACAAACUAGUCAUAAGUAAACAGUAUGACCUAAGUGAAGAGUCUGUUGUAGAGUAUAGGAUAUUGGCUUGAUGUUUUCGAUAGUUACAUGUUAUUAUCAAUGAAAUGGUAACAUACUUCAAUCGAUUAAGUGUAACCUGCUUGAACCUGGUAUCAAAAGCUUCAUGAAAGCUAUAUUAAAUGCAGUAAAUGAUGCGACUUGUCCCAUAUUUCCGAGUACCGUACACCAAGGUUAGAAAAUAUUGGUAGGAUCGAUUAUCCGCUCUUAUGUUGCGGUUUUGAAAAUCACAAAAUGCGACUCUAAGUGCUCAAAACAUCGUUUCUGAAAAAUGAUUUUUCUGAAUGUAUUUAUUAUCGUAUUGAUUAUGAAGAAAAAACAAUUCUAUGCGCGAUGACGAUGUUUUUCACUACUCUGUAGCACAGUUAAUCGAAUUUUGCAACAGUUGAAUCUAAUUUCGUUGCCAAAGGACGAUAACAUAUCGCCUUAGGGUCGUUCAUGCAUGACGUAGUAAAUAUAGUUGGCUGAAGAUUCUUGUUACAAAAUGAAAUAAUACAAACGAGGCUGCUAGGUAUAGAACUAUAGAAAACGGACAUUAAAAUUCUUUCCAGUUAAAUCAAAAACAUUUAUACAUUGGAUUCCGUAGAAUAAACUGUUUUAUUCUCUUUUUUUCCAUCGCGGACUUCAUGUGAAUAGUAUUUAAUAUAAAAUGCAGAGUUGGACCUACUGAUCAAAAUUUUUAUGCUAUAAAAUUGGAGAUAAAAAUGUAUAUUGUAUAAUUGUAUGUAAAUUGCUUACAUGCACACAGCUGCAUAUGAAGCUCAGCCAUAGCCGCAGCAAAAAAUUGUCGGAACGAUCGGAUCGGCCUAGUGCGGAUUGAUCUUAAGCGUACAUAAUAAUUACAUGACUAAUGCUAUGAUUUUUUUCGACAUUAUUACAAAAAAGAAAAAAGCUUUGGUAUUACAAUCCUUUUGUGGAAUUUGACUUUCUGUUUCAACAGACUUCGCAGCCGAUUCUUAGCGUACAGAAACAUGCAUAUUCUCGAAUAUACGACAACUGGCUUAUAAGACCGGUGUUCUAUGUAUUGAACCACCAAUCCGAAAUAAAGAAAAAAAUGGAACUACUACGCAAAAUGCCGUCAUGACAAAAUAAAAAGGCUACGUCAUUAAUGCACUACCCUACUAGGUCUGAUCAGUCUAUACAUCAAUCUCUGUAGGAUUAACCAGAGUAUACCCACCUAAUAACUAUUGUUUCGAUACAGUUAAUAUUCGUGAUCCAAUCUAGGUUGAAACAAUAUAAGAGCAUUUAAUCAUCAAUGUGAAAUUAGCAAUUUUCCAAAUCCGUAUUAAAUUGUUUGUUGCAAGAUGGUUUUUCGAGAGUUUUUAAAUUAUCACAAGUUUCGAAAUUUUUGGAAACUUAUUUUUUCAAAUUCUAAUAGUAUUCUUGAUAUUCAUUUUUAUGUAAUUUAAUGUAAUUAGUAAGUUACCCAAACAUUUCGUUGGCGAAAACCUUUUAAGAAAAUCGCUGAGAAGGUUGGUUUAGAAACUGUGUAAUCAGCAUUACAAUCUAACUAGUACGACUCAUCAAUAUUAAUAUGUUUGAGAGGCUUUUUCACUGAAAUGUGUUGAUCUUGUUACGUUUAUCUGUAUCGUGAAGUUAUGCAAUAGAAAGUAAUAAAUUCCA